UUCCUGCUUUUGGGACGGUAUACUAUUCCCGAGCGAGUAAGCGGAUGAAGCUUUGUCGCUGCAAAUGGUAGCUGAUGGCACUCCAUGCCCUCACAACAAGACUGCGUCAAGCGACAUGUCCCCAUGUCUUCCGUUCCCUCUCCAUCUUCCACAUCUCCACUCUUCCGUCAGUUUCCCCCCUCUCCCAUCCCGGCUUCGAUCAACUUGGGCAUUCACUCUCUGGGGCAUUUCGUCGAAAACCUUGUGAUUACUCCCCAUGUUCCCAUCUUUCUGGCCUCAGGUUUUUCUCCAUCCAGAUUCGCUGCGACCCAGAUGUCGUCCCCGAGAAAAGCGACCCCCAAGAGUCAACCGUGGUCGAAUUGCUCAAACAAGUCUCUCUACUUCCCACUGAAGCAGAGGUCAUGGAAUCUUUGAAGACUUCUGGGAUUGUCCCGAAUGGAGACUUGAUAUGUUCGGUAGUGUGGGCGUUGAGGGAAGAGUGGAGGCUGGCUGUUUUGGCUUUCAAAUGGGGCGACAAGUGGGGCUGCAUUGACGAGAAAGUUCUCAAUUUGAUGACUUGGAUGUUGGGAAGUCACGGAAAGUUCAGUAUUGCCUGGUGUUUGAUACGGGAUUCGCAUCGAUCUUCAGUGGAUACGAGGCAGGCUAUGCUAGUUAUGAUUGAUCGGUAUGCAGCUGCAAACAAUCCAACAAAGGCAAUCUGGACAUUUCACGUAAUGGAGAAAUUCAGGACUGCUCCGGAUGAGGAAGCAUACUGCGCCCUCCUGACUGCUCUCUGUAAGAAUGGAAACAUUGAAGAAGCCGAAGAAUUCAUGCUUCUGAAUAAAAAGCUCUUCCCCCUGGGAACUGAGAGCUUCAACAUUAUUUUGAAUGGUUGGUCUAAUGUUACUGUGGACGUGAUCGAAGCCAAGAGAGUUUGGAGAGAGAUGUCGAGAUGCUGCAUCACACCAAAUGCGACUUCAUAUACUCACAUGAUCUGCUGCUUCUCGAAGGUUAGUAACCUUUUCGACUGUUUGCGACUAUAUGACGAGAUGAAGAAGAGAGGUUGGGUUCCUGGACUUGAGGUGUACAACUCUCUAAUUUAUGUGCUUACUAGGGAGAAUUGCUUUAGUGAGGCCCUAAAAAUGUUGGAGAAACUGAAAGAAGAGGGUUUGCAUCCUAAUCACGCCACUUAUGAUUCCAUGAUACGUCCUCUAUGCGAAGCCAAAAAGCUAGAUGAGGCAAGAGCUGUUCUAUCUUCCAUGAUAGGUGACAACAUUCAGCCAACAAUUGAAACCUACCAUUCGUUUCUUGAAGUCACCAGUUUUGAAGGGACGCUGGAAGUUCUUUCUAUGAUGAGGAAAGCUGGUGUAGGUCCUACUGGAGAUACAUUCCUCUUAAUUCUUGAGAAGUUUUUCAAACUGAGCCAAGUGGAGAAUGCUUUGAGGAUUUGGGUUGAAAUGAGGCAAUAUGAAAUAGUGCCAGUUGCCCCACACUACCUUAAAGUGGUGCAUGGAUUGGCCACGUCUGGUUAUCUCAUUAAAGCCAAGGAAAUUUAUUCCGAGAUGAGAGCCAAAGGGUUCUUAGAUGAUCCAAAGUUGAAGAAACUGUUGUACAGAACGGCAAGACGUAAGAAGGAUAGAAGGGAAUGGCAUGCGGGGGAAGAUGAUAGGGGGGCAGGUGUGAACGUUAAGAAAGGAACUAUAUUGAGAUAACAAAGAAAAUUUGUGGAAGAUCAGACAUGGAGAAUGGGAGGACGUUACACGGAGUUUCCAAAUCCAGUGUGAAUGCCUAAUCAGAAGUUACCGUUGGGGUGUAACUUGUGGGGAAAGAAGCACUUCAUUCCAACACUCUGGUGACAAAUUGCCAUCACCAAGCGUGUUGUGCCUUGAAGGUGAGGUCGUCAAACAACAUGAGAAGUGAAGGUGCAUAGAUUCUUGAAAAAUGGUUUAUAGUAGAUUGCUCAGUGGAGACAAUCUAUACAAUGGCUGCAACUUUUUGGGUAGUUUUCCUGAUUCUCGAACAUAAAUGCUGUCAACUUGGUCGUGACCAUCUUGCAGUCGACUUUUGAUAUAGUCGCAUCUUGAAUGAGGGAUGUCAAACUUCUGCUGAGGUAGAAGUUUCCUCUGUUUAUGAACGACAGUGUCGAUGAGUUUGCAAUUAGAAAUUUAUGCCUGCACGAGAAUAUGACCAUUCAUGAAGCUCUUGAAGUUGAACUUGAUGCAUAAAUUGAUUUCUAGAACUAGGCCUAUGAGAAACUCUACAAAAGUGGAGCGAAAGACUAUGACAGGACCGUGCAAAGCAAUUGCUAGUAACAGAGAUAAAAGCAGAUGACCGAUGGACUUGAGGCAGCGCACACAGUUGUUGUAAAGUUUCAUAUGUUGCAGUCUUGUUGGCACUUUGUCUCAGGAUAUGUGAACUAGUUUAGUUCACCAUAUAGACAUGAGAUUAUGUAGUAACAUGUGAGAUAUUCAGUAAUACUCGACCCACAGUAAUGGUGAAUUGUUUUUAAAACUGCUGUAAAGACACGCAGAUUGAUGGCAAUUUUUGGUUUUGUGAUCGUUAAA